AGAGCAUCACAAAGUCUCAGCUACCAAACACGUGUUAAAACAAAAAAAAAAAAAAUUGUCUUGAAAACAUUACUCAAUAUUAUUGUGUUAAUUUUAUUAUAGAAAAUAAUUAAUAAUCAAAAUGAAUUUGAUAUUUCAAAUCUUUUGUUUUACUUUAUUGUUUUUGGGAGGAAGUUGUAAAUUGAUUUUCGAGUGUACAGGGAUGAUAAGUGGUGACACUGCUGUAAUAAAUGAGGGUGAUCACCUUAUGUGUAGAUGUUCAGAUGAUGAGUAUCAUCUCAGUCCUCUUUCAAUGAAAAUGGAUUAUGUUGUAGUAAAUUUUGCUCUGGAACCAACACGACUUGAUGACGGUUUGAUUUAUGAAGCAUCAAGCCACAAUAGAGCAAUAACUUUUGAAAAAAAAAAAGUAAUUUAUGGAGAUGCAGGAUUGUAUACAUGUACUAAUGAAAAAUAUAAUGAUGAAGCUAGUAUAUACGUAUGGGUUAAAACAAAAAUACGUGCUUUUGUGACGAGAAAAUCUAACGAAACAAUGGGAAUUGCCUAUCGCUCCCACAUAAAAGUUCCUUGUGUACCAACUUCACCAUGCUUUGAUGUAAAAUUAUUUCAAGGCUCACAGGAAGUUGCAGUAGAUGAGACAAACGGUAUUUCAUUUGAUGCUCGAGAAGGUUUUACAAUAACAAAUCCAAGUUAUAUACAUGUUCCCACUGAAUUUUCUUGUAAAAUAAUAGUUAAUGAACGAACAGAUAGUUGGACACUCAAAUACACUAAAUUUAACGAUGAAUAGGUCAUUUUAAUCAACUAAUGUUAAUUGCAACAGUGAAAUGAAUGGCUGACAUUGUGUGAAAGAAAAGUUGUUUUUCUUCUU